AUGAAUCUCACGGGCUGUGCCCACAUAGUACGGUUUCUACAUGGGAACUGUUCUUUAACGAUCAAUGAGAGACACAAUCCCAGCAUCCCCACCCAUGGCUUCCGACAAUACAUCUCACUGAAUACCAAGCUUCAGGAAUGCUACAUGGUCUCGCUGACAUCAAUGCAGUCAGAACGGAAAGUUCAAAGGGAAAAAGUAACAGUCAGCCAAGAUCUUGAGGACACACACACCAAACAUGUAGCCGCUACCCAAGUGUUGUCCAGGGACAGUGGGAUGACAGCCUGGAAGUGCUGGACAUUGCUUUCUGAAACCCAAGAGGGACAGCAGUUGGAGGACAUGCCAACCAUCUCUGGUAUCCCCGCAGGGUUCCAGGCUCUGUACCAUGCUGUGGCAGAGCCCAUGUUGUGAGAUUCUUCUGAAACCCCAAGAGGUAGAGAUUGGAGCUAG